AUGGAGAUCUUCAAGGACAUUAGGAUUCCUCUUCCAGAAAGUUUCGAAUCGCCGAGUCUAACUCGAGUGGGAAAGUUUCAACGUGGCCUUCUAACGUGCGUGUUCUGUAUAUUGCCAGUGUUGCAGGGAGUCGCAUGGCAGCGAAACGAAAAGAGUGUAUAUUCUGGAUUUCGAUGUGAUAUAGGAGAUGGAGAUCUCGACGAAGACGAACAGAAAUACCUUGUGUCUCGCUUUGUCGAGGAUUACAGAAAUAAAUACAGCGGUGUUUCACAGGGUAUGUUUAUAAUCUUCAUUCUACUGAGUCUUUCAAUAAUCCAUUUAUACAUGUCCUACGUGUUAGAAAGAUUUAAUUCUUGGUUCAAGCUAAAGACUCGUAAACAGCGCGGAAAAAUCGUAACCGAACUGAAAACAUCGACAGCCGUGUUUAGGGCUCAUGUCAUACAACUGGCAACAAAGCUUGUGUCUUCCGCGAUCUUCAUUAUGUAUAACUGUCUAGCGCACUCUAUUGUUUUGCCUUCGCGAAAGGAGUACCAAAUAGACUGGACUCCCUCAUCUCUCCUGAAGCGUAGCUCGAUUUCUACUACAGCUCUUUGUUACGCCGAUCAAGCCCUCGAAUUAUCAAUCUUUAAUGUCGGUUUGUUGAGCUUUGUAACGUUUUGCGGUAUGCUGAAUUUGACAGAACUUGUCUAUACCUGGCAAGAGACACGAGCCUUAGAGCAAACUUCCGAUUAUUAUUUUUGCAUGUUUCUGUUGCGACACAAUAGCGUGACCGAAGCUACAAAUAUGCAGAUAGAGAAAGAAUUAUUUUUAGAAGAACAGAGGAAUAAGAUACUCUUGGCGAAGAGACCUGUAAAUCAACACCCUUUCAUCAAAUCUUGGAGUUCAUUAGUACAUAGAAUUCCUCGCAAGAUCUUCAUUUCACAGAGGAAAUUAAAAUUUAAAGGAAUCAAGAAGCAGAAACACAAGCAAGAAUUGUUCAGGACCUACAGCAGAACCAAAAAAAUUCCCGUAACUUCUCUGCAGGAUUUUUUAAAGCCGGAUAGAGACACGCAAAAUCCGAAAAUAAUACUCUUGACAGGACCUCCGGGUAUUGGCAAAACUGAACUUGUUGCCCAGAUUGUCGAAGAAUUCAACGCUGUCGAAAUCGAACUAUGUAAUCUAAAUUUUGUUUUCGUCUUCAAUUUCAAGGAGCUCAAUCUAGUCGACGAACCGAUCACUUUACAAGCGUUUCUAAAUCUUUCGCUUUACAAUUCAAAUGUUAGUGACGUUGUUUAUCAACAAAUUGUCGGAAAUCCGGAAGAAGUGCUUUUUAUCUUCGAUGGCCUCAAUGAGUGGUCUUUGAGAUCUGUGGAAGAAAACGAAUUGAAGAUGUCUUUAGCUUCUCUUGUCUUGAAACUUUUAACUGGGGACCUUUUAUCAGGAUCAACUAUCAUCGUAACUUCCCGACCAACGCCCUUACUAUCAGAGAUUAGCGAAAUGGUAACAUUUGAUAGAUAUGCAGAGCUGGCCUGUUUCAAGCCGGAAGAUUUGAAGACUUGCAUCCAAGAGUGUUUCCAGAACAACGAAGAGGUCAGGAAUUCUGUAAAAAAACGCAUCUCCAGCGACAACGCUCUGGAAGUCCUUUGUCGUUUACCUCAAAACUGCCGCCUGUUCUGUCUGUAUGUUGACUUCUUUGCUUCAAAGAAAACCAUUAAGGGGAUCGACUCUCUCAAACUACCUGCCACAACAACUGAAUUGUUUGAGAGAAUGAUUGAAACCGUAACAGCGGUGGAAUCGGAUGAAAGUAACCACGAGAUAUUCCCAUCAGAUCAUUAUGACUUUUCAAAGGGCUCUCAAGAAGUCUUGGAAAAACUAUCAUGUCUUGCAUUGGAAGGAAUAAUAAACGAAAGAUACGUUUUUAGAAAGGAAGAGUUCUCUCAAGUUGAACUGAGCGCUUUUGAGGUAGAAAUUCUUGAGGAAGCCGGCUUGUUAAGUCGCUUAAGAGGCUUUAAACCGAACAUGUACUGUUUCAGUUGUCUGUCCCUCCAAGAGUACUUCGCCGCCAGUAGAAUUGUUCAAUCCAGUACUACGGGCGAUUUCCGUGAUUUUCUGGAAAAGGCAAACGAGAACCAUUGUGCAACACUGCAGUUUGUGGCUGGGUUGUGCAAAGAUGGACAAAAAGGAAAGAGUACUUUUGUGUGCUUGAUGCAACAUUUAACCCAAUCGAUUAAACUUAACAAUCAUUUCGUUGACGAACCAGUGGUUGAUAACCAAGCGAUUGCUUUUCUUUGUAAAUGCAUCGCUGAGAACCCGACAAAACUGGGCCUACCUUUUGCUAAAGAGGUGACCUCUUCCAUAUCGCCGUUAAGGCCGAUUGUCUUUACAGAGAUGGGCAAUAACCCGCUAGAGACGCAGGCUGUCUUAUUUUGCUUAAAAGAGGCCAAUGGUUGCAACGUCAAGAGAGUCAUUUUUGAGGGCAACUGCAUGGAAGAUGACGGAUUUCGUCAAGUGGCUGCAUCGCUCUGCCACAAAUCGUGCAAGUUGGACCAGGUGAGUUUGACAAAUUCUGGUGUUACUGAUGGCGCCAUGUUAUCGUUCCUUGAAAGCACUGCAAGCCACUCAUUCCUUGGAAUUAGGAUCCUUGGCUUGAGAGGCAAUGACAUUUCCAGUGAAGGAGCAAAAUAUCUUGCCUGCGUGCUUUUCAACGAUUGGUGCCAAUUGGAGGAGCUUCACCUGGGCAACAACAGAAUUGGUGACCAAGGAGUAGAGUUUUUCAGUGAAGCUCUUUGCUGUGGAAGUAGUAAAAUUCACACCUUGGAUUUGAGCUCUAAUGGAAUAACCCACAAUGGUGUUUACCACUUGAGCAAGGCUCUUAGUAAUCCUGUUUGUAAUGUGAAACGUCUGUACCUUCAGCAAAACAGAAUCCUUGACUUUGGAAUGCAAGACCUCUGCGAGUCUCUGUGCAUAGGAGAAUGCAAUCUAAGAGUCCUGUUCGUCAGCUCCAACGAAAUCACUGACAAUGGGAUUGUGUACGUGGAAAAAGCUCUGGCACACAAGUCUUGCAGGCUCCAAGAGCUCUACCUUGGCUACAACCUCAUCACCGACAAAGGUGUCAAGAGUCUGCUGCAGGCACUGCCUACUGAUCAAAUAAACUUGAAGAUUUUGUCCCUGGCCAACAAUCCUAUAACAGACACUGGAGUAAAAAUGUUGGCCAACGCUCUAAGAAACUCAAGCUGUAACCUCCACAGGCUUUUUAUUAGUCUAGGACGCUCACAGCUUGCGGACACAAAACGCUCAAAGCUGCAAGUGCGAUACGUCAAUGCAUUUUAA